UGUUUCGUGGUGACUGUUUUUUUCUUGUACACACGCUAACUCAGUACCAAUUUGUUUUUUGUAGUGGUUUUAGCAAAAACAAGCUACAUUUGAUUUGUACGGUCGAAUCUUUGCACCUGCGAGCUAUGGAGACGCUCCUAGAACAGCAAAGGCGCUACCACGAGGAGCGCGAGCGCCUGGUAAAACUCAUGGUGGACGAGCACGCGACCAAAAAGCCGGGUGAGAAGGAGCGCAUCCACUCGGAGCACCGGCUGAAAUACCUUAUGGAACUCCACCACAACGCCACGUCGCAGCUGCGCGAUCUCUACGAGGACAAGGACAACGAGCGCAAGGCCGAGAUCGCAGCCCUUUCUGGACCCAACGAGUUUAACGAGUUCUACGCUCGCCUGAAGCAGAUCAAGCAGUUCUACAAGUCGCAUCCAGCGGAGGUUAGUGUGCCGCUGUCCGUCGAGUUCGACGAGAUGAUCCGGGUGUACAACAAUCCGGACGAUAUGAGUGCCCUGGUGGAGUUUACGGAUGAGGAGGGAGGUGGUCGGUAUCUGGACCUUAAUGAGUGCUAUGAGCUCUAUUUAAACCUGCGGGGCGUCGAGAAGCUGGACUACAUAACCUACUUGAUGUCAUUCGACCACGUCUUUGACAUACCCCGCGAGCGCAAGAAUCGGGAGUACCGAAAGUACAUAGAGACCCUUAAUGACUACCUCCACCACUUCAUCCUGCGCAUCCAGCCCUUGCUCGACUUAGAAGGCGAGCUGCUGAAGGUGGAGCUCGACUUCCAGCGACAGUGGCUGCAGGGCACAUUCCCCGGCUUCUCGCUCAAGGAGACAGAGUCGGCGCUGGCCAACACUGGUGCCCACCUCGAUUUGUCCGCCUUUUCCAGCUGGGAGGAGCUGGCCUCCCUGGGUCUGGAUCGUUUGAAGUCGGCUCUCGUGGCUCUAGGGCUCAAGUGCGGUGGCACGCUGGAGGAGCGCGCUCAGCGGCUAUUUUCCACCAAGGGCAAGAGUACCUUGGAUCCCGCCCUGAUGGCUAAAAAGCCGAGUGCCAAGACCGCUAGUGCACAGUCAAGGGAGCACGAGCGCCACAAGGAGAUUGCCCAGCUGGAGGCACUGCUUUACAAGUAUGCCGAGCUUCUCUCUGAGCAGCGAGCGGCCACCAAGGAGAAUGUGCAGCGAAAGCAGGCUAGAACCGGCGGCGAGCGGGACGACAGCGAUGUGGAGGCCAGUGAGUCCGAUAAUGAUGACGACCCCGAUGCGGAUGACGUGCCGUACAAUCCCAAAAACCUGCCGCUUGGCUGGGAUGGGAAGCCGAUCCCCUACUGGCUGUACAAGCUGCACGGACUUAACAUCAGCUACAAUUGCGAGAUCUGCGGAAAUUUCACUUAUAAGGGUCCCAAGGCUUUCCAGCGCCACUUCGCCGAAUGGCGCCAUGCGCACGGAAUGCGCUGUCUGGGUAUCCCCAACACCGCCCACUUUGCCAACGUUACCCAAAUCGAAGACGCCAUUACGCUGUGGGAGAAGCUCAAGUCGCAGAAACAGAGCGAGCGCUGGAUAGCCGAUCAGGAAGAAGAGUUCGAGGACUCGCUGGGCAACGUGGUCAACCGAAAGACGUUCGAGGAUCUAAAACGCCAGGGACUGCUUUAGAGAGUAGAUUUAAGGGUCGCUUAAAUACUUAAGAAAGUCUUUGGAUAAUUCAACAUUUUUUCUAUUAACUUUGAGAGCCUGUUGAAUUAUUUCGAAUUUGCCUAUCAUAUCUUAAAUUUAAGACUUGAGAAUGGUCAAAUCGUUUAUAUUCUAAGAUCGACAUACGAUUUCUUUUGUUGUUUAGCGACCAGCAUAUUCUAUGUAGUUUAAAUAAAAAAUAAUCAUCUUGUAAACUGUCUGAUUUAAUGAUUAAAUUAUUGCGAACCUCAAACAUAUAUCAGCUGAA